AUGGGCGCUCCUGGGGGUCUACUCCGCGGCCUCGAGCCAGGCUCCUCCAGCCCGCCACCCUCGCCCAACUGCUGGUCCUGGAUCAUGGUCAAGGUGCAGCCCCCAGGCGAUCCCUCGUCCACGGGAAACAUGACGUUGCGGUCGACCGAUCCGCGCGCCGUGCCAUCCAUUGACUUCAACUGGCUGCGGGGCGAGGAGGACGAGCGCGCGACCUGCCGCGCCCUGACGCAGGCGCCGGACCUGCUGAUGCGCGGCUUCAAACGCGCGCCUGAAGAGUAUCAGCCGUUUGUCAGACAUCAGCCACCGGACGACAUAUCUCCCCGCCAGGGCUCUCGGGAUGAGGCGCUUGGGCACCACGCCAGCUGUACCUGCCGUAUGGGACCUGAUGAGGGAGAUCACAAGGCGUGUGUGGACUCGCGGCUGCGCGUCAGGGGCUCUAAGAACUUGCGCGUAGCCGAUGCGUUGGUAUCUCCGUAUACGCCGGGAGCGUUCCCGGCGUUGAGUGUCUAUUCAAUUAGGAUCAAGGCCGCGGAUAUUGCUUGA